CGGUCACGUGACUGCUGACGUAGCGCCAGCUGUCAGGACCGUGAAGAUGGCGUCGUCAGGGUCAGCGCUUCUCCGCAGCAUCCCUGCGGUCUCCGCCGUCCUCCUCGCCCUGGCGGCCUCGCUGGACAGGGGCAGCUGCAGCGAGCAGGUCCCGCUGAUCAUGUGGAGCAGUGAGGGAAUCUUCUGGCCUCAGGAGUCUCCUCCCACUGCAGGCCACAUCGUGGGGCAGCAGCAGCUGACUUCUUAUCUGCAGAAGGCUCUAGACGUCGGCCCACGAAAUGUGGUGCUUUUCCUUCAGGACAAGAUGAGCAUGGAAGACUUCACCAAAUAUGGAGGCGUUUUUGGAAACAAGCAGGACAGCGUUUUCCCAAGUCUGGAGGGGGCUCUGAGGGUCGCCGUCUCCCCUCUGGUGUUGCCUGCUGUGUCUUGGCCUGCCUCUAACGCAGUGAUCAGUCAGCUGCAGGAUCAGCUGGAGACCUCUGCUCUGUACAUGGACCCGGAGACCCUGAGCCAGCUGAGGCUCAACGCUUCCUCUCCUGCUCUGCUCGUGUUUCGCCUCCCCUACAGCGCCGGGGCGGAUUUGAUGUCAACUAAGGACAUUCUCAGUGAAAACGAUGCAGUAAUCGGUCAGGUGCUGAGCAUCAUGAAAACCCAGUCGGUUCCAUACACAGCUUUGUACACGGGCCUGCAGCCCUCCGGGGAUGUGGUGUCUUUUUCGGUGGAGGCCGGGCUGGGGGGAGGACGCUCCCUGCUGCAGGCCAGGGGGGGCUACAGAGAGAGGGAGCGAGAGAGAGAGAGGGAGCGAGAGCGCAGGAUCAGAGAGAGAGCGGGCGUCUACCCUCCUGUGGAGUUUAAGGAGGAGGAGAAGACCUGCAUCCUGCUGUGGGCCAAAGGCCUUUCGGUGAGCAUCCUUCGAAGCGGACGCUGGGAGGAGCACGACCUGACCUCUUCCACCUUUGGUGAGGGUGGGAAUGUUUCACUCCACGGCUCCAGCUGUGACAAAAAUAAAGCAAGGUUGGUCUUAAACUAUAAGGGCAUCCUGGGCCAUCGUAGCUUUAAGCUCAUCUUUGCCAUGAGCCAGCGCCACUACAAGGUGUCUUCACGCCGCUGGUUUACGCUGGACUCUCUGGAGCUGGAGUACGAUGGGACCAAGGCAACGUUCAACGGAAGCCGGCAAAUUUAUGCUCCUGUUGAAUACUCGUACCGCUGUCAGUCUGUCACCAGCUACCGCUGGCCCCUGCUCGUCCCACGAUCUGCCAAGGACCCGGCCAAUCAGUGGAAAGUCGCUUUUGAGGACUUUCAGAUACAGGGCUUUAAUCUUAGCGGCAGCGAGUUCUCGUACGCCAGCGACUGCGCAGGCUUCUUCUCUGCCGGGAUCUGGAUGGGUCUGAUGACCAGUCUUCUCAUGGUGCUGGUGCUGACCUACGGCCUGCACAUGAUCAUGCAGCUGAACACCAUGGACCGCUUCGACGAUCCCAAGGGUCCGGCCAUCUCCGUCCCACAGACGGAGUAGUGCACGUUUGGGCUGAGCUCCCUCCAUCAUUCUGCCCCCCACAUUCCUCACCCCCCUGAUGUACUUGAUGUGAAAAUUAUUUAUUAGUGGUGUUUUUUCAGUUUUAGACACUGUGUUUGUGCAGUCAAAGAAUGACAGAGUUGUUUUGAGAUGGGUCCAGUUUUUGGCUAAAUUAUUAUUUUUGCGAAAUAUUAGGUCUCUGUAAGCACUUUCUCACGUACUGACGGGAAUAGUUCUCCUCAUAGAGUCAUGCUGUCUUUCAUCGGUCUAUAAAGCAAGAAAGGGAAAUGUACUCGGUAAAUGAUCAUUUGUAUAAAACAGAGGUUAUUUAUUAUUGAAAGUGAUGUUGUUUGUCUAAGUUAGUGUUUGAAGUGUGAGUUAUGUUGAAAAAAGAGUGAACUUUCACAUUCGAUGAGCUUAAUUACUGUUUUAUUGUUGCUGUGAGUUCAAUAAACCAUUUGUGAGAUAAA